AUGCUCCAGUUUGCGAGAACUGCGAUCCGUAGCGGAUCCAGAAAUCUUGCAGCUGGCUCCAAGCCGGCUUCGCGCGGGUUCUCCCAGUCGUUCAGGUUGUCACAGCAGAGUGUGAGCUCUGGUACUGCGGCACCCAAGGCUUCGACGCUCAGAAAAAUCGGCAAAUACACCCUUUACUCGAUUUUGGGUUCCGUGUUGGCCGGAACCGGGUACGUCUCCUACAAGCUGUACAAGGAGAAAAACCCUUCUCCACAACAACCUCAGAGCCCCAUGUUCGACAACGGAACGCCCAGAAAGACCUUGGUCAUCCUGGGCUCCGGCUGGGGUUCUAUCUCGCUUUUGAAAAACUUGGACACCACCCGCUACAAUGUCAUCAUUGUGUCGCCUAGAAACUACUUCCUGUUCACUCCCUUGUUGCCAUCGACUCCUGUCGGCACCAUCGAGCUGAAGUCCAUUGUCGAACCUGUCAGAAGCAUUGCCAGAAGAGCACCCGGCGAGGUUAUCUACUACGAAGCCGAGGCUCUCGACGUGGACCCUACCGAGAAGUUUGUAACUAUCAAGUCUCUCAGCUCCUCUGAAGAGAACGCCGAGAUUAAGUUGAACUACGACUAUUUGGUUAUGGGUGUCGGCGCUCAACCAACCACUUUUGGUAUUCCAGGUGUCUUUGAGAAUGCUUCCUUCCUUAAGGAAAUUCCAGAUGCCCAGGAAAUCAGAGUUAAAAUUAUGAACAACAUCGAAAAGGCUGCCACUUUACCCCUCACGGAUCCCGAAAGAAAGAGAUUGCUAAACUUCGUCGUUGUCGGUGGUGGUCCAACUGGUGUGGAGUUUGCCGCUGAGUUGCAAGAUUACAUCGACGAAGACUUGUCUAAAUGGAUGCCUGAAUUGUCUAAGGAAUUGAAUGUCACUUUGGUUGAAGCUUUGCCCAACAUCUUGAACAUGUUUGACAAGUCUUUGAUUCAAUACGCUGAGGAUUUGUUUAAACAGGAGAGAAUUAUCUUGAAAACUAACACAAUGGUCAAAAACGUCACUCCCACCACUAUCACUGCGAAAUGUGGUGAGGUUACCGAAGAUAUUCCUUACGGUGUUCUUGUGUGGGCCACCGGUAACGCCCCAAGAGAAGUCUCUAAGAACUUGAUGAACAGAAUGGAAACUCAAAACUCAAGACGUGGUCUGCUGAUCAACGAUAAGUUGCAACUGCUAGGUGCUGAGGACUCUAUCUGGGCUAUUGGUGACUGUACUUUCUACCCAGGUUUGUUCCCAACCGCGCAAGUGGCUCACCAAGAAGGUGAAUACUUGGCCUCCGUUUUGAAGAAACAAUACAAGAUCGAUCAACACAAGUGGCACAUGUUGCAAAACCCUAACGUUCAUGAAACCACCAAGUUGCAGUCGAAGGUUGACAAAUUGGAAGCCAGUAUCAAGCCUUUCAAAUACAGCCACCAAGGUGCUUUGGCUUACAUCGGUUCCGAAAAGGCCAUCGCUGACCUUGCCGUCGGUGAAUCUAUGUACCAAUCCGCGGGUUCCUUCACCUUUUUGUUCUGGAAAUCCGCCUACUUGGCCAUGUGUCUGUCCUUCAGAAGCAGAGUCCUAGUUGCUUUGGAUUGGUGCAAAGUCUCUUUCUUCGGCAGAGACUCCUCCGUGUAG